GUUAGAUGUGAUUAUUCUACAGGUUGGAACAGGUAGCCUCAACACAACACAAGAGUUGGCCAGACAUGCUGAAGAGAAAGGAGUAGAUGCUAUUGCUGCAAUUCCAACAGUUCCUUUACUGCCAAACAGUAUUGAUGAUGUUGUUGAAUACUUGAAGAGAGUAGGUGAUGCUGCUCCUAAAACACCAUUGUUUUAUUAUCACUUUCCUAAGCUUACUAAUGUCACAUUUUCUGGGGUAACACUAUUGGAUGCAAUUCAAGAUAAAGUUCCAACAUUUCAUGGAAUGAAAUUUACAUCCAAUGAUCUCUAUGACUUUGCUCGUUGCAUGGAUCACCCAACUGGUGGAAAAUACCAGGUGUUCAGUUCAUAUGAUCAGCUUCUGCUGCCCUCUCUUGCUCUAGGAGGAGAAGCAUUCGUUGGCUGCCAUUAUAACUUUAUUGGUAGACAUGGCAACAGAAUAUUGGAAGCAUAUAAAAAUGGUGAUAUGAAAACAGCACAAAAGUUACAGUAUCAGACAAACAAACUGGCUAAUCUGAUGGACAAAUACGGGCAUCCUGGUAUCAGUAAAUACCUUCUUACAAUGGUCGGUUUUGACUUUGGACCCCCACGUUAUCCAAGUCAGAUAAUGAAUGAGGAUCAAAUUACUGAACUUAGGAAAGAACUGGACGCUAUUGGUUUUUCUGAUAUGCAAAAAUAAUAUAUACCAUCAUUAUUUAAUAUGGACGUAUAAUUAUCAUUUAAAAUAAAACAUAUGUUCUUUGAUUGGGUCACUGGUUUGAUGUUUAUAUCAGUAAUGUGGGAUAAUUCUAUGUUACUUGUUAUUUGGCAGUCA